GAAGGUGAAGAAUUGUCAAAACCUAAAGAAGACGAAUUGAAGUUCGAGUGGUUGAAAGGAGCUCCAAAAGAAGGGUAAGUUCGCAAUAAACUUUCCUAUUAUAAUAAUACUAUUGUUUGUGGAAACACCACGUAAAUUUAUUACUGCAAAGCUUUCGAUCCGUAAGCCCGGAUCUUCAUCAGUGCUAAUAAUAUGCUCAUAUUAUUAAAUUAGCACUGAUGAAGAUCCGGACUUACGGAUCGAAAGCUUUGCAGUAAUAAAUUUACGUGGUGUUUCCACAAACAGUAGUAUUAUAUAUUUUAUCGCCAUGCAAACCUACAAAGAACUUAUUAAACUUUCAUAUUGUUGUUGUAAAAACAUUCUAACUUCAAAAUUGGCUAAUUAAAUUCAAAAGGAUGCUUCACCCAGUUUUAGUUUACAGAACAGUAGGGUUAUUCAAUUUACAUAUGUGAUUUGCUUUACGUCUAUGAUAACCACAGGUUUGAUUCCCGAAUGGGAUACUCGGAAAUUAAUUUUUCAGCAAGUGACUAGACUCCAUUUGGAACGGGAGCGUAGCCACGGGAGGAGUGGGAGGGUCUGGACGUAAUGCUUACAUCUAUAUGACAUAAAAUAUACAAAAUCUGUGGCUUUCAGAUUAUCAUAGAUCGUGACUAGACUCCAUUUGGACCAGGAGCAUAGCCAGGGGAGGAGUGGGAGGGUCUGGACCUCGUAAUGCUUACAUCUGUAUGACAUAAAAUAUACAAAAUCUGUGGCUUUCAGAUUAUCAUAGAACGUGUCUGAAAAGCAUGAAAUAGUGUUUUGCAGACCCUAAAAAUAGAAAGAAUUUUCAGGGAACCAUGCCAUCGGACGGCUGGACCCCUAGUUAGUUUGUGUAUUCGACGAUUGUGGCUGGCUACGCCCCUGAUGUGGACAGCAUCCACGUUACAUUUCUACGCUGCUGAGAAGUGUGAUCUAAAGCCAUAUUGUUUUUAAUCUGUUCAAUAGUUUAUUAUCUUAUUGAUUGAUUGAUGUUUUCAGGUACACAAAAGAUCUCAAUCUUGAAACUCAUGCUCAGCCGUUUGGAAUACCCGUAUGUGCAUGUUGAUAAAUAAUUUAUAGAAAUAACGUUUUAGGACACGUUUUGGUUUCUAUGCUACAGGUUCCAACUGAUAUUGUUUAAAAUUUUGAGUAGUCUUCAUUUUCUCUAUGUAUAGGUGCGAAAUGUUAGAUGUAUAAAAUGCCACAAAUGGGGUCACGUGAAUACAGAUCGAGAGGUAAUUGCGUUCCUGAAGUUCUAAUAACACAAUACAAAUAAAUCACUACGUGUAUGUCUAUCAACUUUAUUUUAGUGUCCUCUAUACAACAAAUCCAUUAGCACAGAACCGUCCUCUCUAACAGGUAAUUUGCCUAUAGCUACCGUACUGGUACAACAGUAACAUAUCUACAUACGUAAAAAUGUCACAUCUCGUCAACAAGAUGUGUUCGCAACAGGCUUGUAGCAAGCUUGUCAACAAGUUGGAACACUGUUCUUAGUUUGUCAAAUUGUUACAAGGUUGUCACUCACAACACACAACUUGCUAUUUAACAAGUUGUUGAAUUGCAGGACGAUAACAAGUUAUUUGUUGGAACAACGUCUGUUGCUUUUAAUAAUUUUGUACAAAGAAAGUUGUUAACAAUCCGUUGACAACUUGUCAACAAGCUGGGAACAAGCAGUGACGAUAAGUUGUUGGGCAGUACUGCUACAAGUCUGCUGCAGGUUUGUUAGUUUGCGCUUGCGUGUGUACUGUGAAAAAGUUGCAGUUUAUAAAUGCUUAAAAAACGCAUUAAUAAUUCAGGAGCAAAAUACAAAGAAAAAUCAUAAGCGUGUCGUGGUUUUAUAUGUGAUAAAAAAUCAUGUUAAUUUACAUAAACUUUAGCUUUGAUUUUCUCGGUUUAGACAAAAUUUAUUUUAAAAAUUACUUCGCCAAUGAACUCGUAUAAGAUGAGUAGUUUCGCUCCGCUACGCUUUCACUCCGCUACGCAUCGUGUUUUAUAUGUGAUAAAACACUCCUACGCGUGCUUUAAAUAGUACUAAUGAAACAUAGCUCUUACUAAAUGUUCAGCUCUCAAUCCUUAUCGUAAACUGAAUUGUCUUCACACUUUCAAUUUUAAGAUGCUGGUCUCAGUGACCCAGUGAAGUUGAUGCAAGAUAUGAGAAACGAUGGCUUUGCUUUGAAACAGAAUGCUCUUGGUCGUGUUCUAAAUAAAGAUGACCCCAACCAGGUAGAGUUUACUAGUAACCUUUGUUGCUGCAAAUAUCAAUUUCGUCAAACAUUUUAUGGUGAAAUUUAAUGCUAAUAUGCUUGACAUAAUGACGAAAUACCUGCUUCCAUAGAUGAAAUAUCCUUGUCACAAUAUCUAUCGGUCAGGACAGGCGAAAGGGUGGAGCACUUUGCCCCGGGCCUCCAGCUCAAAAGGGGCCCCCACUAUCCACCUCCCGAGUAUUUUCCCUCCUUCGCCUGGCCCGUUUUUAGGUGUUCCGCGGCGGGCUGACUGUCUGUCACGCAGGCUACCAGGGUAUAUGCUAAUGUCGGAUAACAUGCAAUAAAGUGUAAAAUAUUGCAAAACACCGCUUCUCCCGUUUUACAAUUAUGAAGUCAUAGGGGCCCCUCAAAUAUAACCGCUAACUUAUCGUUCCCGUUCCCUUAGCAAGCUAGAUGACUAUAAUAAGUUCAACAAAUCAUGUACAAUGUACUGGUUUUCCUUUGUAUUCGCACUUGCAGCAAAUCCUUGCGUCAGAUGAAGAUGACGACGAUGAUCCAGAGCUCGCAUUCCUUGCGACUUUGAAUGAAAAACAAAAACGUAAAUUACUAAGGUAGGAUAAAGAUGUUAAAUCUUCAAAUGGCUGGUUUAUUCGAAUGUUUUACCAGAAGUACAUUAGUUGAGAAAAUUACUAAAUGAAAAUUUUUACUUUUCUUUAAUGAGUUGUGGUGCGUGUAUACUGUACGUCAGUGAUGUAACAUAGAGAUGGCAUGCCCAGGACAAGUUAAAAGCGGGCAUUUAAACGGGAGUAACUGCAUGUAAAUUUGCCAGAAAAUGCUGCCAAUUUCAAACUUAAAGCUAUUCUCUCUAAAUUGUACAAGUUCACUUCAAAGCAAGAAAAAAACUCUUUUGAUUUGGGCGCAUUAGUUUUAGUGACUUAAUUUCCCCUCAUUGCACGAAAAAUAAGUGUGUAUAUCUGAAUUUCGAGUGUUUGACAUUUUCUCGUCUAGAAAACUUGACAAACUUGAAAACAAGGAACAAGAAAAGAGGAAACACAAGAGUAAGAAGAAAAGAAAACAUUCUGAAUCUGAAGAUGAAAGGGAAAGUAAAUCUAAACGGAAAAAGAAAAGAAAGUUGGAGUCAUCCGAGUGUGAAAGUAGUGAUGAUGGACAUGCAAGAAGAAGAAAAAGAAAACAAGAGAAAGAUAAAAGAGAUAAAAAUGGAAAGGACAAAAGAAACAAUAGAUCUGAUUCACGUAACCACCAGGAAGAUAGAUCAUACAGCAAGAGAUAA